UUUCAUCGACCUCAGUGGGAUAUGUGAACCAGCUCUCGAGAAGUUAUGCAGUUUCACUUCACUGUAAACGAAGUUUGAAAACCAGAUUUGAAUAGUAUAAAUCAGAAUCCAUUGUCUUGCUCAUGAUCAUGCUCUUCUCAGGGUGUCCGAAGGCGAACGAUGGUCAAGAAAUGCAUGGGAUGUACAAUUAUGCUUGGAAGUCUAACAAUGGACUGACCAAAUCAAACACUCUGCACAAAAAGAUGGUUGUAUCAAGACCGAAUAAGCGUAAAUAUUCAACAUUUUUGCAAUCACCAUGGCACAAAGUCUAUAUGCAAGGUUUAGAUUUAUGUCACCGCAUCAGUAUCUUAGAACAAGAAUGGUGUCUUGUGACAAAUACACUAUGUGAAAAGUGUGAUCCAAAUGAGGUGAUAUCCCCUUCAAAGAGAAGGCUUGUUGUAUCCACACAUCUUAUGCAACAGCUUCUCCAACCCGCACCAGCGUUUGUUUUCUCGAUAGACAACAACGCGGCAGCUUUCAACUACGAGAUUGUACUUUACUUUGUGUCAAGAAUCACCCUCGCUGAUUCAUGUUCUCUCAAAUGUCGCUCGCAUUUGGAGAAAAGCACAAAUACUAAUCGAACUUCAAAGACGGCCAAUGAUCAUAAAGAUGAAACAUAUUCCUCACUUGUCAAAUCUUUCAAGGAAAAUAUACAAAAGCUUGAAAGUGAUUUCCAAAGCUUUGAGAAGACCACAUCAGUAUUAGACAUCAUCUUAGAGAUCCAAGAACUUGAAAGAUUCUCAAUGAUAAACCAUCUCGGCAAGUUUUAUAACCGCGCAAAGACCAUUACAAGACCUAUCCCGCAGCAAUACGUUCUUGAGAUACCAAUGCCAGUGAACCUACCUGAGCCACUACAUUGUCUUCCUCUAUGAUCAUAUGACUUUUGAGAGAAGAAACUAUAGUUUUGAUGUUUAUAUCCAUCGGAGAUUCUUAAGUGAAUCAGUAAAUAUAAGCUUUAGUAUAUAGUUUUCACUGUAUAAAUCUUUGUUAAAUAUGUAGACUAUACUUAAUGUAAAUUAUGCAUAUGUUAAAAUAUUGUGGUUACAAAACAUUUGUUUUAUAUAAAAAAAAGGAAACUUAUUAA